AUGGUCUUGUCGGUCACUGAGAAGCUUUAUUUAUAUGAUUCGCUGACUAGCGUCCCAUCAGUAAGGCCAGAUGGCCGGAAGCCACACCAAUUCAGACCUAUCGAGAUUUACACGGAUUUUUUGCCAAGUUCCAAUGGAUCUUCGAGGAUAAUCGCAAGUGAUGGCAGUGAAUGCAUUGUGAGUGUCGAGGGGAAGGUUGUAGAUCACACAGCUGAAGGCGAGCUGAUUCACGUGGAGAUUGAUAUCGCUGGUCAGAGGGAUGAUUCGCCUGAAGUUGAAUCUUUGACUUCGCUGCUGAAGAAAGUGCUAGAGCCUAGAGGAGGCAUCGAUGUCUCGAAGCUGAGACUCACAAAGAGGUAUAGUUUUAAACUUUUCAUCGAUGUUUUGGUUAUCUCGUCGUGCUCGAGUCCGAUAUCGCUGAUAUCAAUGGCCAUCUACACGGCUUUGAACACGACGUAUUUGCCGAAGCUGGUCUCCAGCUUUGAUGACCUUGAGGUGGAGGAAUUGCCCACGUUCCAUGACUAUGAUCUAGAAAAGCUUGAUCUGAGCCCGCCUGUGGUGUUCGUGGCUGCUGUGGUGGGCGAUAAUAUACUCAUGGAUGCAGCCGCAUCGGAAAGCGAAGUAUCUAACAAUGGGCUUGUUAUAACCUGGUCACACGGUAAGGUUGUCGCGCCAAUAAGGUCAGUAGGAUUGAGCGGUUCCGGCGCAAAGGGCUUUAGCUUUGGUGUUCUACAAAAGGCCAUCAAGAUGGUGGAGGAUCAUGCCCCGGAGGUGUUGCAGGCUUUAAAUAAUUCAUAA